GAAAGUGAAAGGGGUGUUGAAUCAACUCUAAUAAUUAUUAAUUUUAUUUUAAGCUUACUAAAUCAAGAUUUUAUGUUUAUCUAACCAAAAUAAUCCUCAUUAGUAGUAGUACUAGUAGUAGUUGUACUUCUUUGUUCUAGCACAAGAAUGAAACCUCUUCUUCUUCCUUCUUCUUCCAUUAUUAUUUUAUUUUUCUCCUUCACACUUUUGAUGAUCUCAAUCAUCAAUAUUCCAACAUGUCUAUGCGAAGAUAGUACCCAAUACACGAACUGCAGCUAUGCUUUUAAAUGCGAAAGCAAAAUUAGAAACCUGAACCUGAAGUAUCCGUUCUGGGGAGGAAACAGAAAUCAAUAUUGUGGUAGUGUUGCUGCUGAUCCUAAUACAGAGCUCACAUGUGAACGAAGUGUCCCAAAGAUAACAAUCAAUUUUGCCAAAUACCGUAUUCUUGAUUGGGACAAUACAACACAGAAACUCACAGUUGCAAGGGACGAUUACUCACGUGGUGAUGUUUGUACUGUGAAUAACAAUUACCAGAACAGCUCAUUUGAUAACACACUGUUUCAACGUUAUAACGGUGAUGUUUCUACCAUCACGCUGUUGUACAGCUGUGAUGCAGCUCCAAAUUCACAGAAUUUGUUUGGUAGAGUUGACUGCGGUGAUGGUAAAUAUGUUGUGUAUACGGUUGUUUAUGCUGCUUCGGGCAUAUGUAGUCCGAGUGUUAUUGUUGUGAUUCCGAUUUUGGGAACCCUUGCUGCACAACUUGUAUCUGGAAAUGGAUUAGAAGAUGCAUUAAAAGACGGUUUUGAUUUGAAGUGGACCGGAAAUUAUGGACAGUGUCAGGGGUGCAUUGGUUCUGGCGGUGUGUGUGGGAAUGAUGGAGGAAGUGAAUUCAGAUGUUUCUGCAAAGAUGGACCUCAUAAAACUUCAUGCACUUCCGAAAAGGCCUACUCCUCAGGUGCAAAACGGAACUGGAGGCCUAUUGUGAUAGGGGCAUUAGUUGCUGGAUUGGGAGUAACUAUGUUCUUCAUUAUUAUGCUUAGACGUCACUUUAAAAGGGGUAUAGAUAGUAAGCAAAUGAGUAUUUUCACAAAAAGAAGAAAAGUUGUUGACCACAAUGUAGAGGUUUUCAUUCAAAGGUAUAAUUCAUCGAUGCCAAGAAGAUAUACUUAUAGAGAAGUAAAGAGGAUCACAAACUCGUUCCGAGAUAAAUUAGGCCAAGGAGGAUAUGGUGUUGUGUACAAAGCAAGUUUACCUGACGGUCGUCAAGUGGCGGUGAAAGUAUUAAAUGAGUCAAAGGGAAAUGGAGAUGAAUUCAUAAAUGAAGUUGGUAGCAUUAGUAGAACAUCACACAUAAACAUUGUAUCACUUUUAGGCUUUUGCUAUGAGACAAACAAAAGAGCACUAAUAUAUGAAUUCAUGCCCGAAGGAUCGUUGGAUAAAUUCAUCUACAAAAAUGGAUCCCCUGACGCAAUUUGUAAUUUUGAUUGGAACAUAUUGUUCCAAAUUGCAAUUGGCAUUGCUAGAGGACUAGAGUACUUGCAUCAAGGAUGUAACUCAAGAAUUCUGCAUCUUGAUAUCAAACCUCAAAACAUUCUUUUGGACGAAGAUUUUUGUCCUAAAAUAUCUGAUUUUGGACUAGCUAAAAUAUGUCAAAAGAAGGAUAGUAUCGUGUCAAUACUGGGGAUCAGAGGUACUGUAGGAUAUAUGGCACCAGAAGUAUUUAGUAGAACAUUUGGCGGAGUUUCCUACAAAUCCGAUGUAUACAGUUAUGGUAUGUUGAUUAUUGAAAUGAUCGGAGGAAGAAAGAACUAUGAUACCGGAGGAUCAUGUACUUCUGAAAAGUACUUUCCAGACUGGAUUUAUAAGGAUCUCGAGCAAGGUAAUACUUUUUUAAAUUGUCCAACAAUCACAGAGGAAGAAAAUGAUAUGGUUAGAAAGAUUACUUUGGUGAGUUUAUGGUGCAUUCAAACAAAUCCAUCGGACAGGCCACCGAUGAAUAAAGUAAUUGAAAUGCUACUAGGGCCAGUUUCAUCCCUUUCAAUUGCUCCAAAACCUGUCUUAUCUCCUCCUGAAAUGCCACCACUACAAGUGGCAGAUAUGUCUUCGUCGGAUUUGUAUGAAAUAAAUUCAAUUACAGUAUCAAAAUAAUUGUUCUAUCUAUAAUUAUUUAACUUCAAAAUCAAUUUUAUAUAAUUGUAUUGAAAGAAACACAAAUUAAAUUGGUACUUCUAAUGAAAGACUUACUGAAAUAUGCUUGUAAUGUAACUUAGUGAUCAU